UGCACGGCACAUUCGGAGGAACAAGUCAGAAGGGAAAUAUCCAACGGGAGGGAGGGGAUGCGCGCAUGUGACAGGCUUUGGACGUUUCCAUUUGUACCCGUCGGGCUGGGAUUUGAAUCUCUCUAUCGAGGACAGCUGCGUUUUUAAAAAAUCACCCGUGACUGGCAUUGUCAAACAUUGCACGCCUUGUCCGUAGCCUGCGGAUCGUCACAGCACCAUGCGAGCAGGAGAGACGCGCCCUGUGCCAUGCUGAACAACUCUCCGACUGUGCUGCUGGCGCUGACCGCGGUGGCCGGACUUCUCCAGCGAUGUCAAGGCUGGAGCGACGAAGACCUCCUCCUGCCGCCCAUCAACUCCUCCAACAGGUUCCUGGCCAACCUGGAGGUGGACGUGCGCUUCUCCAAGAGGUCUGUGGAGGAGAGCGAAGCCUCGCCCGACGCCUCCACCCUGCAGACUCUGUCCCAGUGCAACGUGAGCGUCCAGAGACUCCUUCCCACCUCGCUGGUGGCUCGCUGGGACAGCAGCUUCGGAUUCCAGUGUGAUGUGCUCAUCUACACCACCAACAACCACGGAAGGGCUUUUUUCUCUGCGUCUUUCAACAGGGCGAUCUCCCCCGUCGUCAUCGAGCACCUCGGGGUCACCGGGGGUCAGCAGGAGUUGCGGCUGUGCGUGGGAUGCGGGAUGUCUCGCUACCGGAGGUUUGGUCAGGGCAGGUCGAGAGGCCAGCAGACCGGGGAUCAGGUCACUUUCUGCUGCGUGGAUUUCAGCCUCGACGAGCUGAAGGGGGACAAAAGUUGGAGGCUGAACAGAAAGCCCAUCGAGUCCACACUUGUGGCUUGUUUCAUGACUUUGGUCAUCAUUGUGUGGAGUGUUGCUGCUCUCAUAUGGCCAGUCCCCAUCAUUGCAGGAUUUCUGCCUAAUGGGAUGGAGCAGAGGAGACCGAGAUAAUUGAAAUAAUCUUUAUAUUAAUUAGCCUGUGCUGCCUAUACUAUAAUUGUAGCCAUUCAACUGUUCACAUGAAGGAAUGAUGGCGAGGAAUGGAGAACUUUUUGAUGAAAUGGUUUAGUUUGGGGUGUUCUUUGACCCUUAAUAGACCUCCUCCUCAUUAGGACAACCAAGGUAAUGUAUGAAGACUUAUACUAGCCAAUAGUAUUCUAUACUGGGACCAACACCAAUGUGUUUUGUAUACCCUUGUAGGCCUUCCUAUAGAUUAUGUCAGCGUAAACUGUGCAAACUUUUCUCUUUGAGCUGUGUUUGUAUAGUUUUUAAUCUUUCUAGAAAGUCUUUGCCUUAUCCCAUGUGUAGGACUUUUGCACUGAAAACUGAACUUUAAGGUGUGCCGUCACAUACAGUACUAUAUAGUGAACCUAUAGUCAUGUUCAGAGUAAGUGUAAUAGUUUUUUUUCCAAUACAUUCUGAAAAAUGGGUGUUGUUUAUGAUUGACAUAGAGAGAGUUUCAAUAUUUAUAUUGUUAGGUUUCUAAUGUCAAGUUCAUUCGUGCUUAUUUGUAUUAAUGUUUAAAUGAAAAUAAAAUUGAUUAUAGGCUAUAUCUCAGAUUCUCUCUGACCUGUUCUCUGUAGCCUAAAUCAAUUUACUUCACAUGCAGUUUGCAGUGUAUGCGGUGUAAAUAUUUUUUGGCAAAUGCUUGGAGUCUUUAGAAAAUGAUUUUUACUGAUUUUUGAUAAGAUGCACCUUUAACUUAUGACCACAGGGCUCCUCUGCAUACAUCAUUCUUUAUGCUCAGUUUUAUAUUUUGAACAUCUCAUGUGUGACCA